AUGUCGAGAAUGGGUGAAUGGCCGAGUCGUGGUAACGACCCAGAAGAUCCAAUCUCGGAGUUGGAGGCCCAUUUGACUGGGGCUUUUGAGGCAAAUAACUCCAAAGUGGAAGUUAGUGAGCCAACCAAGAAGAAAGGAGAUAAACCUCUUAAGGUUGAAAAGGCAAGGGCAGCUCCACCGAAAGUCAAGCCUCCGGUAGCCAAGGCCCCGGCCGUGACCAAAAUGGCUCAGCCCACCAAGGUUGAGAGUAAAGAAGAAAAGGACCAAAACAUGGUCCAAGAAGCUGGGGAUGAGCCCCAUAAAAUAUUAAGCGAGCUUAGGGCAGAAGAAGACCAAGUCGAGCACACGGCCCAGGAAGAAGCUAAAGAGCCAUUAGAAAAUCUCAAAGGUUCAGCGGCUGAAGACGAAGAGCUCUAUAAGGAUGAUGAGGAGUAUGUUGAUGACGAGUACUUAGAGGAUCUGUCGGAGGAAGCUUUGGAACACUUAGAGAAAGAACGCAAUGAAGAGAUGGCCAAGUUUGAAAAUGAACUAAAAGUGGGCAAGAUCAAAGUAAAAUUUGGCGACUUUGACGAGGUAAAUGCUAUGGUUGUUACACUCCCACUAUUUUUCGAAGCUCGGCAAGAUCAACCUAAUUUCAUGGACGGAGAUGUGUUCGAUGAGGUUGAGUCCAUGGUCCAAAUGGAAGGGGCCAAAGAAAUUGAGAUGGCCUAA